AUGUUUGAGUGUGAUGCUAGAACGUACCUCUUGCACUUAGUUGACAAUACUAUUUUCGUCGACAAGACUCACGCUCGUGUGAAGGCGAAAUAUAUUAGUUUGUUCAUUGAUUUAGAAUGUUGUCAGGAAAAUGCAUGGGGUACCGCUGCAUUGGUUGUACUAUAUGACAAUCUAGGAUAUGGAGUUGUUCACGAUACUAGACAGAUGGGAGGAUAUAUGACUUUAUUACGGUGUUGGAUUUACGAGUAUUUUCCUAACAUAUGUAAGUGGGGCGAUAGUGGAACGGUUCAUGAGCAUAUUCCAAGAGUAUGUAAGUGUACUGCAAACCACGCUUUUAAAGGUGGGUUGCUAACAUAUCAGCGAAGACUUGAUGUUAUAUUGGUUGAGGAUGUAUUGUUUACACCUUAUGAUGGUGAUCGAGCUAAUCAUCAUUUUGAAGAACUAUUGAUGUUCUCUGGCUAUCUUCGUUGGGUGCCAACUAGUAUAGAUUUGGAGUGGCAGAAUACCAUGAGAGCGUGUAUAACGACCCUUCAGAGUCUAUUGCCUCUAGUGACGUUUCCUGGCGAGGUCUCUAAAGACUAUUAUGCAUGGUAUGUGACUGUUUCACAUCCUAUGAUCCUCCCUAAUGCUCCACCUACUGGUCCAUGCAUUGAUCCACAUUUUCCAUCAUCUUUUGCACAAGUUGGUUCAUCUUUUACACAAGACUGUAAAUCAUCUGAGCUUUUACAAAGGGUCAUUCAGGUGACAAAUCCAGAUGGUGAAGUUCAUGUCAUAUUAAGUGAGUUACUCUGCAUGUUUCUGGAAGACCAUUAG